UCGCUGUUUUCGCUAUCUAAUCUCUGGCCCUUGUGUGUAGUUUAUGUGAAUCAAGAAUACAACAGUUGAAAAAAAAAUCCUAAAAAUAACAAUAUAACCACGAGCGUAUCGGGGCAAUCCACACAUGUCAACAUCAAAAGCAAGACGCGUGACGUUCCAACAUUAACAUCGUGUGCACAAUUUUAUUAUUAUAAUAUAAUAUCGAAAAUCGAGUCGUCACCGUAAUAAUAUCAUUUUCUUCGAUUGAACUGACGAGCCAAAGUCUGAGCGAAGCCCACAAAUCUAAACAAUUCUUAACUGACCAGACGUGUUUAUAGAGGCGAUCACCGCAAUAAACGUCGUAAGCGCCAUCGACCCGCAGCGACCGGUCCCGACAUGAUGAGCCCUGGCGGCGACGCAAUGGCGGCAGACGCUAUCACCGGAUCCGAUGGCGCCGGCAGCGGCCUGUCCGACUUGUUGGCCGGUUCACUGGCCGGCGUGGCCGUCGUGCUGGUCGGCCAGCCGCUGGACACGGUCAAGACCAAGCUGCAGACGUUACGAGGCCUUUACUCCGGACCCGCGCAAUGUCUGGCGCACACGUACCGGAAGUCCGGUCUGCGUGGCCUGUACGCCGGUUCGUCGCCGGCCAUGGUGGCCGGUGUGGCCGAGAACUCGGUGCUGUUCGCGUGCUACGGCCUGUGCCAGCGCGCAGUGGCCGCGGUCACAGGGGCCCGGGACGCCAAGCAGAUGGACGCGCUCAGCAACGCGGUGGCCGGAUGCGCGGCGUCCGUGUUCUCGUCCGUGGUCCUGUGCCCUGCCGAACUGGUCAAGAUCAAGCUGCAAGCGGGUCGUGAGCUGGCUGAAUCCCGCGGGCAGCGGUUCCAAGGUUCCGUGUACCGCGUCACCAAGGACAUCGUGAGGCACCAUGGCCUUGGAGGUCUAUUCCGUGGACUGGAGAUGACAGUGGCCCGGGAAAUGCCCAGCUACUUUUGCUUCUUCGGAGUGUACGAGGCGGUCCGGGAGGCGCUGAAACCGGCCGGUCGAACCCGUGCCGACUGUGGCCUGCUGGCCACCACGGUGGCCGGAGCCGCGGGCGGUGUACUUCUGUGGACGGUCACGUUCCCAGUGGACGUGGUCAAGUCUCGGAUACAGCUGGACGACGCGAUGCCCACUCGCGGCUGGACCAUGUGCAUGUUGCACGUGUACAGGAACGAGGGCAUGGUCGCACUAUACAGCGGCCUUGCGCCGACGCUCGUCAGGUGCGUUCCGUCGUCCGCCGUGCUGUUCCUCGUCUACGAGUACACCAAAAAGCUGUUCGACACCUAGGUCAGAAGUGCUGAGGUGGCAUGGAAGAAGGUCCAGAACACACCUGUCAUUGGAGAUGGGUUAUCAAACUUAUCGGACUCUCGAACACCGCUGCAAACUUCGAGAAAUUCGAGAAAUUCGAAAAGUUUAAAGUUCGAUUAAAAUUAAUAUUCGAAAUCGAAUGCUAUUUAAAAUCAAACGUUUCAAACAGUUCAAGAAAAUUCAAGUUUGAUAUCGAUACUAUUAUAAAAUGUAUAAUAAUACCUACCUAUCUAUUUUUUACACAUUAAAUUAUGUACCUACCAAGAACGGUAAUAAUUAAUAUUAUAACAUUUUAAUAAUUAAAAUAGGGUAUAUUUUUUGUUUAAAAUUAAAACGGACUUAUGAAUUAAAUAGUCUAAAGGUUGAAAGUUCAAAAUGUUAGAAGAAUUCGAAAAAAGUUCCAGUAAAAAUGGAUUUGAGUAUGAGUUUGAUCUUGAAAAAAACCAAGUUUCAAAAAACCUACCUUUCUAAGAAAAAUGACAUAAAAAAUUACGCCAUUCUUACCCUCUUAAUUACGCCGUCAAUAUUAAUUAUAGAUAUUAUAAUGCUAUAGUACCUAUAAUUGUUUUUUUUUACAUUUUUAGCAAUCUAAGAUAAAGCUUAUAUUUUAUAUUAUUACUGUCUGACUAGUCUGACAUCUAGUUAUAUAUUUUUUUUUUUUAUGACAUAUGAAAUGCAUGUAAAUUUCUUGUAUUUAUCAUAGCUGUAUUUUUUAGAAAAUGUGUGAUUUAUAAAAAUAUCCUAUACUUUUAAACCUAUUACUAUUAUUAUAUUAAUGUUAUAUAAUUUUUAAUUAUAAUAAUAUUGAAAUCACAUUAU